UUUCGCUGCCGGACGCGGAGGUGGAUUUCAUCCCUCAAAGAAAAAACGAAGGAGAGAAUUAAAGCAAGAUGGCGUCUCUCCAUGACAAGUCGGUUUGGGACGAAGUAGAGGAUGGAAUAGGAGAGGAUGUUUUGAAAAUGUCGACUGAAGAAGUCGUUCAGCGAUCGCGUUUGCUGGACAGCGAGAUAAAGAUCAUGAAGAGUGAGGUACUUAGAGUGACUUAUGAGCUCCAGGCCAUGAAGGACAAAAUCAAAGAAAACACAGAAAAGAUCAAAGUGAACAAGACGCUGCCCUACCUGGUGUCCAACGUCAUUGAGCUGUUGGACGUGGACCCUAACGACAUGGAGGAGGACGGGGCCAACAUCGACCUGGACGCCCAGAGGAAAGGGAAGUGUGCAGUCAUCAAGACCUCCACCCGCCAGACCUACUUCCUGCCUGUUAUCGGUCUGGUCGACGCAGAGAAACUGAAACCAGGAGAUCUGGUGGGCGUGAACAAAGACUCGUACCUGGUCCUGGAGACGCUGCCCACUGAGUACGACUCCCGGGUCAAAGCCAUGGAGGUGGACGAGAGGCCCACGGAGCAGUACAGCGACAUAGGGGGCCUGGACAAGCAGAUACAGGAGCUGGUCGAGGCCAUCGUUCUGCCCAUGAACCAUAAGGAGAAGUUUGAGAACUUGGGGAUCCAGCCACCCAAAGGAGUCCUGAUGUACGGACCCCCAGGCACGGGGAAGACCCUGCUGGCCAGAGCCUGCGCUGCGCAGACCAAGGCUACGUUCCUGAAGCUAGCUGGUCCUCAGCUAGUGCAGAUGUUUAUUGGAGACGGAGCCAAGCUGGUGAGGGACGCCUUCGCUCUGGCUAAGGAGAAAGCUCCGUCCAUCAUCUUCAUCGACGAGCUGGACGCCAUCGGCACCAAAAGGUUCGACAGUGAGAAGGCUGGAGACCGAGAGGUUCAGAGGACGAUGCUGGAACUCCUCAACCAGCUGGAUGGAUUCCAGCCCAACAUGCAGGUCAAGGUGAUCGCAGCGACCAAUCGCGUGGACAUCCUGGACCCGGCGCUGCUGCGAUCCGGACGCCUCGACCGCAAGAUCGAGUUCCCCGCGCCCAACGAGGAGGCCCGCGCCCGCAUCAUGCAGAUCCACUCCAGGAAGAUGAACGUCAGUCCGGAUGUGAACUAUGAGGAGUUGGCUCGCUGCACCGACGACUUCAAUGGAGCCCAGUGUAAAGCUGUGUGUGUGGAGGCGGGGAUGAUCGCGUUGCGGCGCGGAGCCACGGAGCUCAACCACGAGGACUAUAUGGAGGGCAUCCUGGAGGUCCAGGCCAAGAAGAAGGCCAACCUGCAGUACUACGCCUGAGGACUACAUGGAGGGGAUCCUGGAGGUCCAGGCCAAGAAGAAGGCCAACCUGCAGUACUACGCCUGAGACUACAGGCCUCACUGGGAUUAAAGGGCUUUUCUAUGAAACGCGUCACUUCAUUACUUUACGUACUUAGUUGUACCGGUUAUCGGGUGGAUACCCUGACACCUUCAACCAGGACGUGAACAGUACAUAAAGGCUGAGAGUUAAGGUUAGCCUAAACUAGAGCCUGACCGAUAAAGAAUUGUUAAGGCCGAUACCGAUACGAAUAUUUCGUGAUUUAAAAAUCUGAUAUGCCGAUAUAUAUAUAUAAAAAAAAAAUCCAGAAACGCGCAACAAAACAAACACAUUUCCCUAACAUUGGUUACUUGUAGUUAUCCUUUAAAUCCUUUUCACUCUCAGCUAACACGUAACAACAGCAAAACUGGACACGGUAGUCAUGAAUUAAGUCAUGCUUAUCGACUUUAGAGAAUUGAUGGGGAUGUUCUUUUAAUUGUUAUUCAAGCAAUGUAUGUCUCGUGACAGUUGCCAACUUACCAUGAACACACUUGCACACAUGAACAACACCGAUGAUCUCCGUCGAUCUCCGUCAUUCACUCUGCCUAACUCUGGCUGAAUCAGCGGGUUUGGGGCGUUAGAGCGCCCCAAACCCGGGGGCUAAAUGAAUAUAUUUUUUUAUAUAUUCAUUUAUCGGCCAUUCUAAAUGCCGAUACCGAAUAGUUUGAAAAAUGGCUAAUAUCGGCCGAUAUCGGGCUCUAGCCUAAACCCCCGGGUUAGGGUUGGACUAACGCUGCCCCGGGUAGGGACGGGAUUGGGCCUUUACCCCCGGGUUAGGGUUGGACUAAUAAUCCCUUUGUUCUACCAAAACCUCCACCUAAACCCUACCCCUACCCCUUACCCCUCGACCCUACCCCUACGAAAUGGGACAACCCUCCAAGACCCAGUUACAGUACCUCAUUAGCAGUCGCUGACGGGGUUUUGAUCUGUAUUUCCAUAUAAUUUGUUUUAUCUUUUGAUGCAACAUCUGUCUCUGGAAUUGUACUGUAUAGUUUGAAUGUCUUAGGAAUGCAACCUUACCCACAUGGAAAAGCACGGUAUGAUUAGAUAAGAUUAUGAUUCAUGCUCACAAUCUGUGAGAAAAUGCAGUGUUGCACUUUAUUUUGGAUCAAACAUACAAGAUCAACAUAAUAUAUAAAACCAGAAUAAACAUAGAACUUGAGGUAGUAUGCCAUCCAUGUAAAACAUAAAUAUCAUAUCAUACAAACAAGAACCAGCGCUAUGAUGUAACUAAUUUUGCACAUUAGAAAAAGGCAUCAACCAGCACAUUUUAUCAGUACCUUGGUGGGUUUAACCAUCAGUGGAUGGUUAAUCUUCCCAUCUUCCUGGGGGCUGGGGGGCUUGGAGCUACCAAUGCAGAAGAGGUUUUUGAGGUGGCGGGAUGGGCUCUGUUGGCAGCGGCCUCAAUAGAGUGGCGAAGUCACGCCCCUUACGGUAGAGCCCAUGGGACCUAUGAGAUCGAAAAAUGUGAAUGGGUUUCAAUGGAGAGAAAUG